UAACGCACCGCAUUACUGUUGAAAACUUCGGCGAGUACAGUUCGGUCUCGAUCGAGCUCUCGCUGUUGUGCGUAUUUCCCCCAUCGCAAUAUCCGACCUGGUUGGUGUAAAAUAUCAGUGACUUGGUGGUAGUUCACUAGCAGCAAGCGAACAUCGUUUUUGGUGAAGUGAAAUUUACCGUGGUUUUAAAACGGCAAGGCAAAGGCCUUCCCGCUGGUGAAACCGACGCGUGUGUAAAAUCUACCAAACAGGGUACGCUUCUUUGUGUGUGUUCGAAAGAGUUAAUAUACUGGCUCCGUUCUUGUUGUAAGUUGCUCGGCUAUUUUGUGACGAAAAUUGUUGCAAAAGGGCAAGAUUUUCAACAAACAGCUUACACCACAAGUGAGUGAAAAUACAACAACGCAAGCCAUAAACGUCAGUGUCUACGCAAACUAUAAACAGGUUACGCCCGUUACGAGGCUACCCAUCAUAACCUCAAAAUUGAAGCUUGCUUGAAAAAUAAAGAGACGACAAAACCCCGCACACACAAACACAUGCCUGUGCGCUUGCGUGAGUAGCGUGGAAAGGGCCAUCGAAAAUCGCUGGUGUACGGUUGUGUGGUAGUAGUGGUGGCAACAAAGAACAGUGCGCACCCGUGUGUAUGCGUGUAUGAGUGCGAUCGCCGCAGUGCGUGUGUCGAAAGCGAACGAUAAAGGGAGCGAUGCAAUCGCGUGCUAUUUUAUACAAAAAGUAUGAAAAGGGCGUGUUGAAAAUUUGACGACCGUCUCGGAAGGGUGUUAGAAAGUACGGAAACUCUGCCGAUUAAAUUGUGCCGAUCGAAAAGGGUGCAAUCACGGGUGAAUGACUGUGAACGACGCAGUGAAGGUUUUAUUUGUGCCCCGAACGCACGACGCCAUCUUAGCAAAAAACAAGGGAUUCGCGACCCGUCUCGAAUCGCUGUGCGGGGCUUGUCAGGUUGACAAGUGAAAGAAGCAGAAGCAGUGCGCGUGUGUAUACAAACAGACCAGCAGCAGCAAGCCGAAAACAUUUGCAAAACAAGCGUGAGUGCAUUUUCAUUGUGCCUCCCGUGGUGGUGUGUGCGCGAAGCAAUAUUCAAAAGCAAUUAGUAAAAUGGGUGCACAGGUGUACAACCAGACGAUCGAGCGGCUGCACUAUUCCCCGGUGCCGCCGAUCAAAAACUACAAACGACUGUCGCCGGCCAAAAGCCUGCUGAACCGCACCAAGCGCAAUUUGUUCGGUUCGGUCGAACCGAAAGCAUUCAUGGAUUACUACAAAAGUCAAAUGCAAAAGGCGAGCGAGGAAAAGCGGAAGAAAUGGAACUUCAACUUCAACCUCGAAAAGCCCCUGGACGGUCCGCUGCAGUGGGAACCGGUGGGAACGAACCGUGUUCCGGUGGUCACGUUGACGCAGGCCGCACACGUGAUACCGGGCACUAGGCGACCGGCGGGACUGGAGCGUAGCAGUAGCAGCACCAGCAGCAGCUCGGCCGACAUCCUUUCGUCGGACGAACUGAUGGACCAGCGGGCGGAACGUGCAAAUCGGGGCAGCAGUGUGGAGUCCCUCGAUGGAUCGCUCUCGUCACUGUCGUCACCUCGCCCAAGAAGAAGAGAAUUUUUGAAAGAACGCAAGCGUCGCCUGUCGUCUACUGUUGCGGUGGAGAAAAUUUCCGCCAAAAAGGUACGCAUGAUGAUGGGUGCUUCUUCCUCGUCGUCAGAGAAUGGUGAUGGUGCUGCCGGUGGUCCGCAGGAGGCUUCUGCAUCGACAACAAACUAA